ACCUAACGCGUCAAGACACUCCUACAUACAUGAUACAAGUACAUUCACAUACACUCCUUUUGCAAAAAAACUCCUCCACAAAACAAACUCUCACCCUCCCACCCACCCCAUUCCACUCUCAAUUUCCUCUCUCUCUUUCUUCCACUCUUUACUACGGAGUAGUAGUAUAUAUCUUCAUCCUCCUUACUUCCCACAAAACCUUUUAAUUUCUUCUCUUUGAAUUCUCCUCUUAUUUAAUCCAAAAAAGAAAAGAAAAGAAAAGAUGACAUCAAAAGACUGCGGCCACGACGAUGACGAUCGGAAGGGAGCAUUCCAUCGUCUAAUAGGAGGCAUCUUAACCUUCAUAGUCCUAUUCCUCUUGGUCGUGUUCAUAAUAUGGCUAGUCCUACGCCCCACCAAACCAAGGUUUGUACUCCAAGAUGCGACUGUCUACGCCUUCAACGUGACCGCACCAAACCUUCUAACGGCUACCUUCCAAGUGACCCUUUCAUCCCGCAACCCAAACGAGCGCAUCGGAGUCUACUACGAGCGCUUAGAUGUACACGCGUCCUACCGCAACCAGCAGAUCACACUACCAACGAGGAUGCCGUACACAUACCAAGGUCAUAAAGAUGUCACUAUUUGGUCUCCCUUUCUUUACGGCAACAAUGUUCCCAUUGCUCCUUUCUUAGGCGUGGCCUUACAACAAGAUCAGAACGCCGGUUUUGUUAUCAUUAACGUUAAGGUUAAUGGCCGUGUUAAGUGGAAGGUUGGCACUUGGGUUUCCGGAAGAUAUCAUUUGAAUGCUAAUUGUCCUGCUUAUCUCUCUUUUGGUAACAACAAUAACAAAGGUAACGCCUUUAAUAAUAUUGGUUCUGCUAUUAAGUUUCAGAUUUCUAGUAGCUGUCACGUUGAUGUCGCUAUUUAAUUCACCCAAACCCGCUCGGGCUCAGUCGGGUCGGAUCGGGUCCCCACACAUCAUCAAUUGUACCAGUACCACCUUUUUUCCAGUUGUUACCACGACUAUUGUUUAGCUAGCUACUCUUCCAUCAUAGUAGUACGUACUUGGUGUUAAUUAUUAAUUAGCUUGUGUAAUUUUUACUCUUUUAUACGAUUUAUCUUUUUUUUUUUUUCUUUUUAAAAUAAUUGUGGCUUGGUAAUUACAGCUAGCUAAUAAGAACAAUUUAAAGUAAUUUGUAAAUGUUAUUGAUGAUCAGAUCAUUAAUAAGUUCAUUACUCACAUUAUUAUAGUCUCAAUUAUAUUAUACAUACAUAUAUAGCCAAUAAUGCAUAUUGUCUUGUAAUAAAGUGAUGAAAGGAAAAAGGAAAGGCGUAUGGGACUAUGAUACUUUGGGUUUUUGAUUGGA